AUGGACUUUCAUUCCGGGUUUGUGAGCUUACUCUCCCACCGUAACAACAUUCUUGGAGUCGCGGUGAUGUGGUGGACAUGGCGCUGGCGUAAUUCCAGAGUCUUCGACCCUCAAGCGCCUACUCUAAAUAAGAUCUUGAGGUGUGUUCUCCGCGAUGAAGCACUUUGGCGUGAGGCUAUGCAGAAACACGGGCAACAUUCUGUGGUUGUGGAACACGGAAUGGACAGCAAUACGUCCAUGGAGGCCACUGUCACCGUGGAUGGCAGUUGGAUUCCGCAGAUAGGACGGAUGGGGAGUGCAACUGUUAUCAAGGAUAAUAUUGGAAGUUGGGUUACUGGAAUCUCCAAGAGCUUUAACCAUGGGUGUGAUUUCUUGGCAGAACUUCUGUCUGUAGAACUGGGACUGAUGCAUGCAUUUGAUAAUGGGUACAAGCGGGUUAAAUGUUUAUCAGAUUGUGGCAUGUUGGUGGGUGUUUUACAAUCAGGACACGCAACAUCUACCUUAUGGAACUGGGAUGAUAUUAACAGAGUGCGAGACCUCAUGGCUAAGUUUCAGGAAGUUCAAGUGGUGCAUAUUGACAGGGAUAGGAACAACACUGAUGCUCUAGCGCGGGAAGCUUGCACACGUGGUUCUCCGAUUCAAGUUUGGAAGAGGCCUCCCUCUUUUGUUUAUGCUGCUAUGUAUUUAGAUUCUCUUAGCUAG